AUGUCCAACGCCUCGAGCACAGCCGGCGGGGAUCUUGGUGAGGUUAGCGACUUCGACGAGGGCGACUUUAACAUCCUAGAGGAUAUUUCUCCGAUACCUGUCAGCGAGUGGCAGCUGCUUUAUGCCUCUACUGAGACCUACAGAGGAGCUCUUAUGGGAGCCCCUAUGGUGUCCUUGAGCGUUGCUUUCACCCAAGCCGCCCCUUCCCUUGGUAAGGUGCGCAAGAGGUCGACUUCUACUACAAGUACCAAAGCUGGCAGCGAAAGAAUAUCAGAUUCUUGUAGGAGUAUUGCUGAGGACUCUUUCGGUAUACAAGACGCUCGAAGUGAUAAAUAUGUACGUAAACUCCGAGGGCGUGAAGAGAAGAGUCGCCAGGGUCAUCUCCAUCGUGUUCACGACAUUCACUACUGCCGACAAUGUCUCAACCGUUAUUGGCCAAGGCACUUCAAGACCUGUAGGUUGUGUGAGAAGGCUGGAGGAAGAUACGCGUGGAAGGGCCAAGCUGGAGAGGGUAUCAACGCUGUUAGUUAUUAUACUCGACCUGUUGAAGUUGUGGAUCGUCGCGAAGGAAGAACGAGGGCGUCGAGGUGGAGGGAGAAGAUGCAAAUUGAGGUGGGAAAAUGA